AUGGAGGGUUGUGAGGAUGAUGAUGAAAGCACACAGAAGGAUGAUGAUUCAGACGACUCUGACUCUGGGGAUUCUUCAGCGACCAUAACGAGCAACACGAGCCAGUCAGAAAACAGGAGUUUCAGCCUCAGUUUUCUUCUCACACUCCUGCUGCAUCACAGCCUUUCAAACUUGUGCUACUUCUCUGGUACUGACGUCGAAUCAGAUUAUGACAACGAUGAUUGGCAGCUGCCAGGCCGACGGUCUGCCUCAUUAAGCUCAGAUGUCUCUGCCUUUUCCUGCGUCUCUCUGCUUCCCUCUGAUGAGCUCGACAAGCUGGUAGAGGAAGUCAAGAACCUAGGGGAAGAAACAUUACAGGACUAUGAUGAUGUGCAGGUGGUGGUCCUGCACAAGGAGGUGGGAGUAGGACUUGGCUUCAGUCUGGCAGGGGGUGUAGACCAAAACAAACCUGUCACUGUACACAAGGUUUUUAACUCAGGCGUUGCAGCCCAGGAGGGUUCGAUUAGUGAGGGAGACCACGUUUUGUCCAUUAACGGCACUGCCUUUUCAAAAAGCACUCACGGGGAGGCUCUGAGGACCCUCAAAAAGGCCAAGAGUCGAGAGAUGGCAGUGGUGGUGGUGAGGAAAGGUGACCUCAGUCAGACAGAGACUCACUAUGAGACAGGCCAGCGUGUGUGCAUCCAGCUCGAGAAGAACAGCGGGGAUCUGGGUUUUAGCCUGAAGGGAGGUGAGGAUUCCCAUGUAGGGAACAAACCACUCACCGUCCAGAAGAUCUUCCAGGGUGGUCCUGUUGACAAGGUGUUCCCUGGUGAUGAGAUUUUAGAAAUCCAAGGCUUCAGCGUGGUGGGGAGGAGACGCCUGGAAGUGUGGAAUUUCAUCAAAACUCUCGCCUCCGGGCCUGUGGAGGUGGUGCUACGGCGGCCGCUUAAAGUUACUCAAUUAUGAGGACAGUUCUGAUGAUUCACCUUGUUCACAAUUUAAAGAAUGUGGACCAACCAGAAACUCAGAAGCUGUGCAAUUGACGGCUUUGGAUCCUGCCAUGGAAACUAACCUUUAAAAACAAAACCGUCUGGACUUUGAAUGUGUUGAACAAACAGUCUUCAUGACAGUAUGAGCAACGGAAGCCGAAAACCAGGUCAAAGGUGUACAUUUUUCUCGCUGUGUCUUAAUGUAAAUCUACCUCAAGGCCUGAGAUGUUCAGUGUAAUAAAUUGUAUAAAUGUGUUACACAUUUAUAAAACCAACCAACAUUUAAGAAGAAAAGAUUUUGUAAAUAUGUAAAAAUCUGACACUUUAAGUAUUUUACAGAACAUGUUUUAUUGUGAAUAACUGCUUU